AUGAAAAAAUCAAACCCUAAAGAUAAAAUGGAAAAUAAAAAUUAAGGGAAUGUGAUUCCUGCAACAUAAAUUAUUUUUGAUAAAAUUGAUGCACUUAAAGAUAAUAAUACAGUAUAAAGUUUAUAUAAUUUAGCAGAUUAAGAUUGAGAUGAUAUUAAAUUAUUUGAAGGAAUUAACAAUAGGUUAAACAAUAAAAAAAGGUGAAUCAUUGACAUAUGUAUUAUGUGGAAAGAAAUGGACAAUAAAUAUUAUAGAUAUAACACCAAAUGCUGAAUUAGUUUGUAUUGAUUAAAAUACUUAAUUUAAAUUACAAGAUUAAUAAUUACAAGUUAAAAAUUAAUAAUAAUUAUCAUAAAUAGAGUAAUAAUAAUUAAUGUAUUAUGAUCAUCUUUUUAAUGAAAUAUAAUAAAUUAUAGAAUAAAAUAUAGGUGAAUAAUCAAAUGAAAUUAGUUUAAUGAAUUUACCAUUAAUAAAAGGUGUAUUGAUUAGUGGUUUAACUGGUACAGGUAAAACUACAAUUCUUUAAAUUUUAAGAGAUAAAUAUGUAGAAUAUAAACCUGUUUUGAUAUCUAUAAAUCAUUUAGAUGCAAAUAAUAAAGAAUUAUAAUAAUUAUUAGAAAUUUCAUAAUAAAGAAAUAAUUUAAUUUUGAUUGAUGACUUAUCAAGUUUGACUGAUGAUAAUAUGCAAAAUGUAAAACCAUCUUUAUUUAAAAUAUUUGAUAAUAUUUAAAAUAAAAAAUCACUUAUAAUAGCAACUAUUACUAGUAUUAAAGAUAUUCCUGAUAAUCUAAGAAGAUCAGGAAGAUUUGAAAAAGAAAUUAUUAUUGAUUAACCUAAUCAUGAAAAAAGAGUAGAUAUAAUGACAAAUGAAUUUAUGAAAUAAAAUAUAGAAAUUGAAAAAGAAAUAUUAAAAGAAAUAUCAUAUUAAAUGAGUGGUUUUACUGUUAAUGAUAUUAGAUGUUUAGUUAGAGAAUUUUAUUUAUUAAAAAAUAUAUAAGGAGAUAAUAAAAUUAAAUUAAGAUAAUCAUUAUAAAAGUUAAAUCCUAGUGGAAUUAGAGAUUUGUUGGCAGAUGUUCCAAAAGUAUAAUGGGAUGAUAUUGGUGGAUAUGAAGAUAUUAAAUAAGAAAUUAAAAAAGUAGUUGAAUGGCCAUUAAAAUAUCCUGAAUAAUUUAAAAAAUUAGGAAUUACACCUUCUAAAGGAAUUUUACUUUAUGGUCCACCUGGUUGUUCAAAAACACUAUUAGCCAGAGCUUUAUGUACUUAAUGCAAUUUAGCUUUUAUUGCAGUAAAAGGACCUGAAAUUUUCAGUAAGUAUGUAGGAGAUAGUGAAAAAACAGUUAGAGAAAUAUUUAAAAAAGCUAGAAUUUGUGCACCUUCAGUAUUAUUUUUUGAUGAAAUUGAUGCUAUUGCACCAUAAAGAUAAGGGAGUACUGAUGUUUCAGAUAGAGUAUUAAUAUAAUUACUUACAGAAAUUGAUGGAUUUGAAUCUUUAAAAAAUGUAAUAAUUAUUGCAGCUACAAACAGACCAGCAUCAAUAGAUAAAGCAUUACUUAGACCUGGAAGAUUUGAUCAUUUAGUAUUUGUUGAUGUACCAGAUAGAGAUGGAAGAAAGGCUAUAUUUGAAGUAAAUCUGAAAAAAAUGAAAGUUAAUGAAGAUGUUACACAAGGACUUUAAAAUUUAAUAGAUAAAACUAUUGGUUAUACUGGUGCAGAAAUAUGUUAAAUAUGUAGAGAAGCAGGUAAUAAUAAAAUAAUAAUUUAUAGGUUUAAAUGCAUUAAAUAGAAAUAUUGAUAAUGAAUUUAUUGAAUUGAAAGAUUUUGAAAUGGCAUUAUAAAAAGUAAAACCAAACGUAACUCAUGAAGAUCGUUAUUAAUUCUUAUAAUUUGCUAAACUUGCUUAAUGA